AGGAAAAAUCAAAUUCCAUCACUCUCUCUCUCUCAAUGUGCCGCAUUUUUUCUUCCAAGUGAGAAUUUCUUGGUUCAGAAGGAGAAAGAAAAAAAGUUUCUCAAUAAAGAAAUUGGUGUGGCUAUGGUUGAUCUACGAGGGAGUGACAAUGGUGGUGAGGAAUUUGGUGCUGUUUAUGCUUUUUGUGACUGUCAUUGCUCCGAUUCUGCUUUACACUCAUCGUCUCGGAUCCUUCAAUUUCUCCUCCUCGAGAGGCGAAUUCCUGGAAGAUUUUUCGAGUUUUACUCUAAGUGGUCAUUCUGAACACUUGAAUAUACUUCCUCUUGAAUCCUCUAGGACUCUUAAGGAACCCGUUGGAACCGUGUACUCUAACAAUAUAGCUCAUCCAGAACAUGAUUUGUCCGCUGCCGGGCAGAAUUCAACCGAUGUCCAAGGCUCAGUUCAAGAUUUGCAAUUACUGGAAUCGCGGGAGCAUAUAUCUGCUCGCGCACUGUCCACCACGAAUGAGAACGUUAGUUCUAGUACAGAGAAUCCCAUCAGGCAGAUCACUGACCAACUUGGGCAGCCGAAUCUCAGCAAAGGCAUUUCGGUACAAUCUGGCACUAAUAGUGUGAAGGAAAGAAAGCGUGAACAACAAUCCAUGCAAUCCACUGACAAGGUUCGCAAGGCAAGAGAAUCAUCUAAAUCAGCAAAAGAUGAGGAUCAAGUUGCUGCACCAAAUGCAAAGGUUCAGUAUCUUAAAGAUCAACUUGUCCAGGCAAAACUAUUUCUUUCCCUUUCAGCCACAAGGAAUAGCGUUCACUUUAUUAGACAACUACGUCAACGGAUGAAAGAAAUUCAACGCAUUCUAGGGCGUGCAAACAAAGAUUCGGAGCUACCUAGGGAUGCUCAAGAGAAGUUAAAGGCCAUGGAUGAAACAUUGACCAGAGGAAAGCAGAUUCAGGAUGACUGUGCUUUGAUGGUCAAAAAGGUUCGGGCUAUGCUCCAGUCCACAGAGGAGCAGCUACGAGUGCACAGGAAGCAAGCAUUGUUCUUGUCUCAGUUAACGGCAAAAACACUUCCUAAGGGCCUUCACUGUCUUCCCUUACGCCUGACAACCGAAUACUAUAGCUUGAAUUAUUCUCAGCAACCGUUUCCCAGUCAAGAAAAACUAGAAGACUCCAGUCUGUUUCAUUAUGCAUUAUUCUCAGAUAAUGUAUUGGCAGCAGCGGUUGUUGUAAAUUCGACCAUUGCUCAUGCAAGGGAUGCCUCAAAACAUGUUUUCCACAUCGUAACCGACCAGCUCAAUUAUGCUGCAAUGAGGAUGUGGUUCCUAGUUAAUUUGCCUGGUAAAGCAACUAUUCAGGUUCAGAGUAUUGAGGAAUUCUCAUGGUUAAAUUCAAGUUACAGUCCAGUUCUCAAGCAGUUGGGUUCUCCAUCAGCAAUAAAUUAUUACUUCAAAGCUCACAGAACCCAUUCUGAUUCAAAUAUGAAGUUCCGGAACCCAAAGUACUUAUCCAUUCUGAAUCAUCUCCGGUUUUACUUGCCAGAGAUAUUCCCAAAACUGAAAAAGGUGCUGUUUUUGGAUGAUGACAUAGUUGUGCAGAAAGAUCUUACUGGCCUGUGGUCUCUUGACCUAAAGGGGAAUGUAAAUGGGGCAGUGGAGACUUGUGGAGAAAGUUUCCAUCGUUUUGAUAAGUAUCUUAACUUCUCAAAUGAGCUCAUAUCAAAGAAUUUUGACCCUCGUGCUUGUGGUUGGGCAUAUGGAAUGAAUGUAUUUGAUUUGGAGGAAUGGAAGAGGCAGAACAUUACUGAUGUAUAUCACAAAUGGCAGAAACUCAAUCAUGACAGACAACUGUGGAAGUUGGGAACCUUGCCGCCUGGUCUUAUAACAUUUUGGAAGCGCACGCAUCCUCUAGAUCGAUCCUGGCAUGUUCUAGGCCUCGGAUACAACCCGAACAUCAACCAGAAGGAAAUUGAACGAGCUGCUGUCAUACAUUACAAUGGAAACAUGAAACCCUGGCUGGAGAUAGCCAUACCCAGGUACCGUAGCUAUUGGAUGAAGUAUGUCGAUUUCGACCACGAGUAUCUGCGACAGUGCAAUAUCACCCCAUAACAGGCACCUCAAAUCUUUCUCCUGGUAGCAACAGAAUCAUAUAGUUCCACAGGUGGCAUUCUUUUCCCCCUCCUUUUGUAAAUUAUUCACUUUUAGGUCAAUUCUUUUUGUAGAGAUAAGCUUUUGCCAUCAUAUUAUCAGUUCUUAUAUUUUUGCAUAAUUUGUAUUGUGGGUAACUUGGAUCUCAGAUCAGAUCUGGCUCAAUAUGUAAAUGGUUGAGAGUGUUUUGUUUUUCCUUCAAAUUUACUGAGUGGUGAUAGUGUAAGGAUCCUUGAAGGAAUUGUAAUGUGUACAUUAAAUUUUAGAAACAAGUAAGGUACUAAUUGUGUUUUAUUCUGUGACUUGUUUGGCA